GUCUAAUAACUUUUCUUUACGUAAAAAAUCAAAACAUUGCAAUUAGGGUUUUUAAAAACAAAUGAUUUUGCAUUAGAUAAGUAAAAAUUAUGUCAAGGAGAAUAAACAAUAAACCAAUGAUAUUGAUUUGUGACUUUAUAAAAUGGUACUUAAAAAUGCGCAAACAUUUUGAUUAUUAAGCGAUAUUUUCAACGGUGGUGUAUGGACUUUGCAACAAUAAAGGCUAAAGUGAAGAUGAAUAAAUAUUAUUGUUAAUAAAUUAAUUAAAUUAAAUUGACUCGACGAUCAAUAUGAAAUGCAUUGAGGGGAAAGUAGUGAUAUUAGGAUCAAGGGGUGUUGGAAAAACGCGCCUUGUUACAAAGUACAUUAAAAGUACACUUCAGAAUGAAUUUGGACCAACUGUAGCUCCUUCAUUUUUUACUUGUAAAGUUAUGUUAGACGAUCAUAAAGUUAUAUUACAAAUAUGGGAUACAGCCGGUCAAGAACGCUUCAAGGCUGUUACACCGAUGUAUUAUCGGAACGCUAACGCAGCCAUUUUAGUUUUCGAUCUAUCGCAGCAUCGUACGUUUAAGGAAAUCAAGGGUUGGAUACAAGAGUUGCAUUCCAACGUCCAAGGACCGAUGAUUCUCACGUUAGUGGGUAAUAAAUUAGAUUUGGUGUCAGAGAGGGCAGUUUCACGCGAGGAAGCCUAUUUAUUUGCAACGUCAAUAGGUGCCAGUUAUUUUGAAAUUUCAGCCGAAAUGGACCAGGGUCUAGAGCAGGUGUUUAAAAAUACUGCUUUCGGUUUGAUGCGGUUAGUUAACGAGGGCAAAUGUCGAGCGCUGCGUCAAUUCGACUCCUCUGAUUCUAUUACAAAAUAUACGACAAGCAAUACUGCCUACAGUUACAUGAUGGCAGCUAUAAGCAGUCGUCACUUACACGAUAAUGGAGGGGUAAUACAUUUGCCAUCGGUGCCGGCUGGUAUACCGGUAGAGAGUGACGAGAUUAAAUCGAAUGCCGAAGGACGUCUUGAAACGCCGUCCUGGAGCAUAGAGCACAUAGCUUGGGGUGAAGAGGUGCCUGUGCAUUGGUGUUAUUAAAAUUCCUCUUUCGCUGCUUCUACAACCAUGUGAUGAAUUUCGUAGACAUUUAUGAUAUUUUCUCAAUAAAUGCUUUGCAUGUGGUAUUUUCUUCUGUUCUUUUUUUAAGUUUAAAAGAAAAAUCCAUUUGAGAACAAGUGACCCAACGAAAUUUUUGAUAUAAAGCUAUAAAAAAGACAAAAAUUGUGAGUAAUAUCUAUAUAAUAAUGAUAUAUAUAACGA